UUGAAACUGCCAGUGUCAGACCAUUUUAUGGACUUUAUUGCUUACAGCUGUAUACAGGGACGGAGUUUCGUUUUCAAGCGAAAAAACUGAUGUAAUCUCAUCGCACUUUUUUUGAUUACAUUUUUGUAUUUUUAACAUUAAUCAGUAUUAUAAGGACUGUCGGAGUUUAUUACAGUCGAAUACUCGCAUUUCUGACCAAUGGACAACAUUUAACAAGUGUUUUUAAAUGCAAACGGAAACGUGUUGGUAAAAUGUGCAUGUGUUUUUAACCGGAGACUGGAGAACGUCUUGGUUUAUUUGUUUUAAAGUUUUAAAAACAGUCUCACACAAUGGCGGAUGGAGCUGUCUUUGGAUCGGGUCUAAACUCAAGUUGUCUGACCUCGCGAGUAAAGAAAGUCAACAACAACAACAACAAUAGUAUGUCAGUACCAGCGAACAUGCGAAGAAAGACUCGACAGAGUAACAGGAGGGACAUUCAUAACCGGGUUGUCUUGGAGAAAGUCUUAGGCAUCACUGCUUCAAACAGUAGCGCUUUAACUUGUGACCCCAACUCUGGUUUAGUGGCAUAUCCUGCAGGUUGUGUCAUUGUUCUCCUGAACCCCAAGAAAAAUAAGCAGACUCACAUAUUCAAUACAUCCAGGAAAACAUUCAGUGCUUUGGCUUUCUCGCAGAAUGGAAAAUAUUUGGUCACUGGUGAGAGCGGGCACAUGCCCUGUGUUCGGGUUUGGGACGUGGCAGAUCGGACACAGGUUGCAGAGGUCCAGUGCCAUAAGUAUGGGGUGGCAUGUGUAGCUUUCUCCCCCAACGGAAGCUAUAUUGUGUCUGUGGGAUACCAACAUGACAGGACUGUAAGCGUCUGGGAGUGGAAGAAGGGAACUGUUAUCGCAUCCAAUAAAGUGUCCAGUCGAGUGGUUGCUGUCUCUUUCUCUGAGGACAACAGCUACUUUGUAACUGCAGGGAGUAGACAUGUCAGGUUCUGGUACCUUGACGCCUCAAAGGAGAGAAGGGUGAACAGCACAGUGCCUUUGAUUGGUCGCUCGGGGUUGCUAGGGGAACAUCAGAACAGUCAGUUCUGCGGUUUGUCUUGUGGCCGUGGCUCAAUGGCCAGCAGCACAUACUGCAUCACACACACCGGUCUGCUGUGCCAGUUCAACAGCAACAGACAGCUUGAUUCCUGGGUUGACCUAAAGAUGACAUCAGCACAGUGCUUGUCAGUGAGUGAGACAUUUGUUUUUUGCGGAUGUGCAGAUGGUACGGUGCGUGUGUUCAGCCCACAAGAUCUGCGUUACAUCACCACUCUACACCGGCCGCACUGUUUAGGUGUGGAUGUGUCACAGGGCACUCAGCCAGGGCAUUUGUUUGGUGCACACCCAGAAGCUCAGUAUCCGGAUACCCUGGCUUUAACCUUUGACCCUGUGACCAAGUACUUGACGUGUGUGUAUAAUGACCACAGUGUGUAUGUAUGGGAUGUACGGGACGUUCAAAAUAUCGGAAAGGUUUACUCUGCUCUGUACCACAGUGGGUGUGUCUGGAGUGUGGAGACCUACCCUGAGCCAGAGGACUCAUCAGCGGCAUGUUUAUCUCCUGGCUCUUUCCUCACUUGUUCUUCAGAUAACACCAUUCGCCUGUGGAAUAGUGAGUCUCCGAAGAGUCACGGCCUUCGCCACAACCUUUACAGUCAGGACCUCGUGAGGAUUGUGUAUGUGGAUGAAGACACACAGUUCCUCAAAGCAGAGGCUGAAAAAGCAGAGGGUGGCAGCCAGGAUGGGAAAUCUGGGAUCAGGGUGUUGGGUAUCAGCCCAGAUGGGCAACAUCUGGCUGCUGGAGACCGCAGUGGAAACCUGAGAAUUUUCGGUUUGCAGUUCAUGGAUGAGCUUCUGAAAAUUGAGGCCCAUGAUUCGGAGGUCUUUUGUCUUGCCUUCUCCCCUAAUGAGACUGGCUUGCAUCUCUUGGCCUCAGCGAGUCGUGAUAGACUCAUUCAUAUCUUUGACAUGGACAGGAACUACAACUUGGUACAGACAGUUUACGACCAUUCAGCCUCCAUCACCGCUAUCAAAUUUACAGGGACCAGUUCAGAGGUUUGUAUGGUCAGCUGUGGUGCCGACAAGAGCAUCUACUUUCGAUCUGCAGAGAAGACCUCUGAGGGUUUGAACUUCUCACGAUCCCAUCAUAUAGUGGAGAAGACGACUCUGUAUGAUAUGGACCUGGACGCCACGUGCACGCACACUGCCAUCGCAUGCCAGGACCGUAACAUUAGAGUGUACAAUGUGAGAAGUGGCAAGAUGACGAAAUGUUUCAAGGGCUCCCUCAAUGAUGAUGGUACACUGCUCAAGGUCCAGUUGGAUCCCUCUGGGAUGUUUCUUGCCACCAGUUGUUCUGACAAAAAUAUCUGUAUCUUUGACUACGAGUCAGGAGAAUGUGUGGCCACCUUAUUUGGACAUUCAGAAAUUGUUACUGGUAUGAAGUUCAGCCAGGACUGCAGGCAUCUAAUCACUGUAUCUGGUGACAGCUGUGUGUUUGUGUGGCGGCUGGACUCUCAGAUGACCAACUCCAUGAGGAAGAAGCUUGCAGAGAAGAAGCAGAAAGCUGGUCUGAGGGUUCAAAGGGCCCCCAGCAAACAACAAGCCAUAAGGAGAGAGACGUACAUCGCUGUGCCCUGUAGUGUGCUGCCUCACAUGGAUGAGGAAGAGGACCACCUGAUACCUGAAGAGACUACUGAAGAUGUUGGGGAGGACUGCAGAACUCCAGACAGACUCGACUCCACUGAUGACUCUCUGGAUGCUGUGGUGCUCCAAACCAAUGGCAAGAUGCCAAUGUGGGUCCGCAGACUGGGUGGAGGAUGCGAAAAUGAUGAUGGAGGUGGCAGAGCUCAGUACCAGCCGCAGGGGCGCUGGGCGGUGCAGUCAGACCCGUUAGCCAUCCGUACAGUCCUGGAGAUGAAGAGUAUGCAGCUGCCUCUCUCUCACACCCCCAGCAGAGCCAUGGGCGAGGAAGAGUUUGAGGAAGACUCUCGCUUCCACCCGCAGAGUUUGGACAGUCUGCUGGAUGAAGACAUCGAUGAUGAUGAUCUAGAGGAGGAUAAGAUUUGCAGUGCUUCCAGAGAUGGGUUUAGCUCUUCGCUCCAAGGAGCAGAUUUUCUGCAACUCCCACAGGGAGAGGAGAAUUUUGGUCCUGAACUCAGCUCACCAGAGAAAACUGGCUACAUUUUGUACCCAGCAAACAGCACUGCCCUGUCCACCGGAGAAGGAGAGUUUGAUGUUAAAGCUCUGUGUGAGGAGGCAGCUGGCGACCCUGAGGAAGAGGAGCUAAGCCCAGACAGCGCUUGUUCAGCCGAGAGCCCAGCCUCUCAUAGCGAUCAGCCUCAUGACCAAGACACGGACUCACUGAGUCAGGUGAGCUCGACAGGAAGCUCAGGAGUUGAAGAGGAUGAAGAAGAAUCUGGAACGCUGCUUCACCAACACUUUGACACUCUGGGUGUGGCCACUAAUGAAAAGUUCAUCACUGACCUGAGCAGUCUGCAGCCCAAUACAGAGAGUAAUUUCCUCAAUCCACGUCUUAGUAUCUCCACACGCUUCCUCUCGCGCUUUCAGAGCCGCUUCCGCACUACAGGGACUAGUAGCAGUGUUCUUUGCCGGCCUGCAGUCUGCCUUCCCAGUAUACCAGAUGAAUCCAGCGAUAGCAGUCAGAUCCUGGACAGCAUGAUGGAUAAAUCCAAGCUUCUUCCAGAUAACGGCGGCACCAAUGAAAGCAUUAAGGAAGAGAGCAAGAAGAGUGAAAUCACAAACAAGACCCUUCAAUCUAAAGCCCAUAAUGCUGUCAGCACUACAAGCACCCUCGCCACCAGAUCAGCCAGCAACUCAAGUGACGCAUCUGUCACACGUUCCCGCCAAAGCUACAUGGGCCCCACUGCCAGCUCACGUGCCAAGAUGUCACGAAGCAACUCUAUGGAGAAUUUAAAUGUGUGUGCACCCGAGGAGACCCAUCUUGUGAAAGAGACUGAUCAAAACACCCCAUCCUCAUCUCUGGAGCCCAGUGUAGAGUCACAUAAAGAGAACAUGCCCCCUAAUAUAUCCAUCGCUCUUACUUCGGGACAGUCCUAUCCAACGCCAGCCCUCUCCUCUCCUGCCCUGGGUAACCACAGUGCCCGGGCAGCUCUUCGAUUGGAUCUCAUUGGCCCCGAUCAUGCCAGACUGUCACCUGUGUCACUCAAGAGUUGCCUUGGAAAAGUUGAAUGUGCCGAGUCGCCCCGUUGCCAGGCUUUGGUGACGCCCACAGAAAUGCGAUCACUGGGGAAAGAGUGCCGGAAGCAGAUCAGUACUAUUGAGCAGAGUUUGACUCCUAAGACCACAAGCAGGUUCUCAUCUGGAUGUGAAAUGUUUGCUGGGAACCCAACAGUGCCAGAAACCAUUCAAACCACAGUUGAAGGCAACCAGUUUUCAGGGUCGUGUGAAAAUGCACAGUCCUCAGGUCAGACUGCAAUGACCGACUCUGUAACUCUGGACAGAGAGAAUUCUGCGGAAAUGGACUCCACACAAGAGGAUACAGGUCUGUCUGCAGAGACAUUGAGCAUCCAGAUGUGUAAGGAGAUGGUGAAUGAACUGUGGCACACAAUCCAUAAAGCAACUGGCUUUUAUAGCAAGCUGUGCUCCAUCCCGGAGUUAUCCGAGCAGCAGGAGCAGAUGAAGAGCAUUUUGCAGGAUACGUUUGUGGGCGUACAGAGUGAUUUAAACGUCCUUUGUCUUCAGACUCACCCCUCCACCCAGAGCGCCCGGCCCAUGCCAGAAGACUCGCCCGGCCGCCAGCUGAGGGAUGACCGGACCGUGGCCCUCCUGGAAAAAUACUCGGAGAUGCUCUUGCUGCGGAUGACGGAAAAAGGAGCACAGGCUGCACUUGAGUGACGGCUCAUUGGAUCUUGUUUGGUUUUGAACCGUCCUCAUUGUACAGCUAUUGCGGUGUCACAAUUGUAUCAGCCAAAAUUAACUUUUAAAGGCAUAGAAGCACCUUAAUGUCUUACAUUGGUGUUAAAUUUUUGGCUAAAAAUAAACAUGCAAAUGCACAUUUGGAUUAUUGGACAUUAUUUGGACAUUUUGUAAACUGGUCUGGCUGUUUGAGUUGUUUGUCUAACUUUUUUUUUUUUUUAUACUAAAAGCAUUUUUCUUUUUUGUAUCUUUGUACACUACAUUUCAAUACUUGAGUGUAUUUGGUCACAUACACUUUGAAAUUCUUUUUUUUAUUUUAAUUUUUUUUAUUUGCGAAACCGUAUCAAGGCAAACUCUUCAGGACAUCUUGUUUGUGAUAUUUCAUGUACACUUUGGAAACAGUAUUACUUUUGGAAUAUAAAAAGUUGAAUUAUGUGUAAUGAGUUUUGUGUUCAAAGUUCUUGAGCUUUUGUAGAUUUACACCAUUUCAGGGCGUCACAACCACACAGACUGGCUAUGAGGUGUUGCAUUGUCAUGUUAUGUUGACUGUUCCUCAAAAUAGCGAUGUGUAGGCAUUUUCACAAGUGUCAGGCUGUGACUCACUAUUUGCAAGCCACUGGUGUGCUAUUUAUGCUAUGUUGAUGUGUGAUCUUUUCCUUCCACUGAAAAUUUAUAGUUUUUAGGAAGGCUUUGUAAAUAUGUUUUAAUCAGCUAUUUGCAUUUUAAUAUUAAACAUUAAAAUAUU